AUGAUGACGGCAAUUGCUACGGAAUCACUUCCGAUUGUGGCGACCCAUAUAACUUCUAAUAUUCCUACUCCUCCAGCUGCGACCUACACUGGUGAUACAAAUGAUUCCGUUCAAGCUGCAUUCGAACAUAUCGAGUCAAUUCGUCGAGGUUUUGGUGUUGAUAGUGGUCUUGAUCCAACUAGUCAAGCAAUAAUUACUAAUCUUUUAGGUAUAAUCGAACGAAGUUUAGAAAGAUUAUCCAAUGAUCUCUACGUGGAACAAGGUCAUUUCGUAUUAGAACUUAUUCAAAAUGCUGAUGAUAAUCAAUACGCAUUAGAUUGCAUGCCUACUCUACGUUUCAUUGUUUCACCUGAACGGAUACUUGUCUGUAACAAUGAAAUAGGAUUUCAACCUUGUAAUAUUUCAGCAAUCUGUAAUGUCGGUGCUUCAACUAAAGGAAAACAUAAACAAGGUUAUGCUGGUCAUAAAGGUAUUGGCUUUAAAUCAGUUUUCAUGAUAUCACAUCGACCAGAAAUUCAUUCUCGAAACUAUCAUUUACGUUUUGAUACUGUUAAUGGAACUCAACAAAUCGGAUAUACAUUACCAAUAUGGAUAGAUCAUUACGAAGAAGAAUUACCUAAUGUUGAUGAAUGGGCAACAUGUAUUCGUCUACCAAUUAAAAAGGAAGCACAAGAUGCUCGACUAAAAGAAAAUUUUAAGAAAAUUGAAUCAAUUUUUCUACUCUUUCUUAAUCGUUUACGACAAAUUGAAGUCAUAAAUCCAUAUGAUAUAUCUCCAAUUCAUAAUAAUAAUCGAAUAUUUACUAGAAUUGAUCAUGUUCAAGGACAAAUUAUAGAAUUACAAGAAAAAACUAUGAAUGAAGCUAUCAUUAGUAAUUUAUGGCUUGUAAUUAAAAAAGUCAUUGAAGUACCCGCUAAUAUUAAAAAAAAGUUACGUGAUGUAAAAGGUGAUGUUGAUUCAACAAUCAUUGCCAUUGCUUAUCCACUCAAUGGUAUUCAAGAUUCUUUAUCAUCGUUUCCAUCAACUCAGCCUGUUUUUGCAUACUUACCACUUUGUUCGUAUGGAUUUCGUUUUAUUCUACAAGCUGAUUUUGAAGUUCCAGCAAAUCGUCAAGAAAUUCUUCAUGAUAAUCUAUGGAAUGAAUGGCUUAAAUCAGAAAUGACUUGUCUUCUUUCUUUAGCUUAUUGUCAAUUUCAACAUCUACCCGAUUUACUUACAUCAUCUACAAUUAAUACACAAAUAAAUUAUCAAAUAACACCAAUACAAAUAAUAAAAUUUUUUCUUAAAUUUUUUCCUCUACAGAAUGAAUCGAAACCAUUCUUUAAUACAUUUGUUGAUAAAAGUAUUCAGUCACUAAUGGGUAUUAUUAAAUUACCGGUUUCACAUCAAAAUGAAAAAGAUGAAAUAGUUAUCGAUUGGAUUCCACCUUCUCAAUGUGUUAUUGUACGAGAUGAAUUUAUUCGAAAAAUUCUCUCACAAGAUUUAUUAUUAUCUCAUUUCAAUAGUUAUUAUGUCCAUGAACAAUUAGCCCGUGAAUGUGAUGAACAAAUUCUAUUGAAAUUAGGCUGUCGUCAACUUGAUUUUUCAGAUAUUACACGACUUAUUGAAGCAUCAUAUAAACAAAAUGAACAACAACAUAUCAAAACAACAUCAGCUAUAGAACAAAUUGCCCAAUGGCUUGUAUGUCUCGACUAUAGUCUUCAACAACAACGAGAAGAAAUGAAUUAUAAAGAACGCGAAAAUGAUACAAUUACUAAACUUAAACAAUUGAAAAUAAUUCCAUUAAAAGAUCAAUCCCAUUUAGUAUCUGUUGAUGAAUUUAGCAAACAUACUAUUUCAUUUCCACCAGACAAAUCAACUCAAUUUUCAAAACACCUUAAACUCAUUCUUGAUGAUAUACCCAUACUUGAUGAACAAUUACUUAAUUUUAUUGAAGAUAAAUAUCCACGACGAGUUGAUUCAAUUAAGCGUCUUCUUCUAAAUCUCGGUAUCAGCAAAGAAUAUAAUAUUCGGGAAAUAUAUCGUCAACAUAUAUUACCAAUUAUGUCAAGUCCAACUCGCUGGGCUUCAAAAUCAGAAUCAGUAUUAAUCGCAUAUCUUGUAUGUAUUUAUGAAUAUCUCUACUUACCUAAUCCUGAUAUAUUUGAAAAUGAAUUAAAAACAUUACAAAAUAAAAUGAUUAUUAAAACACGUGACAAUAAAUUUGUUUCAUUAGGUUCAACUGAUGUUAUUGUUCAUUUAACAUCAACAUAUGGUUGUAGGCAUUCACUUGAAUCUUUAAAUUUACCCAACUAUCGAUUCCAUUUUAUUUCGGAUGAUUAUUAUACUGAAUUUUGUCGUACCGGACUAUUUCGUAGCGACCACGAUAUACAUUUUUUUGUCAAAUUUCUUAAGGCCCUUGAUUUGAGCGACUUUCUACUAGUAAAAGAGGAUGAAAAACCGUUUAUCAAUGUUCAACAACUUGCCGAUACUAAAUGGGCCUAUUUAAUUCCACAGGUAACUGAAAUGAUUCAUGAACCAUUUAUAAUACAAGAUUAUUGUUGCAAUGAAUUCAAUAAACUUGUAUCAACGUCUGAUGAAAGUCAAACAAUUGAUCUUGAAUUAUGUGUUCAACUACUUCGAUAUUUCAAUCAUCACCAUGAGUAUAUUUCUAACUACUAUGUAGGUUCGGUAAUGCUGGCUCGUGCACAUAAAUACGGUCAUCAUACGCCAAUCAAAGGUAUUAAAUCUUCAUUUUGUGUGUCACUACAGCAACAUGCAUGGAUUCCCGUCUAUGGUGAUGCGUUACUUAAACCUGGCGACGUUUAUUUAUUACCAGCAAAUAGUCAGACAUCAGUCUUUCGACGGUAUAUACCUCAUUUAGAUGAAUCAAAAGUACCAUUGCAUGAUUCAAAUUUUAUUUAUAAUAUACUUGGUAUAAAAUCGCAGGUUGAACCCCGAACUAUGUUCGAAUUACUUAUGAAAUGGUCAUGUAAUCUUGAUAGUAAAUCAUUAUGGAACUUAGUCAAUCAGACAAAUAUAUUGGAUAUUAUUCCUUGCACUCUUCCGAAUGAAUUUCGUCAAUCAUGUCUUGAUACGGUUGAAAAUUUUCGUCAAAUCUAUAGUUUUCUCGCUUCAAACGAUGAAACUUGUAAUCUUCUGAGACGUUUUCGUUUAUGGCCAAUCAUAUUUAUUCCACGAAAUCAAAAUACUGGUGAUUUCUUAUUCGUUCAACAAACAUUUUGGAAUGAUCCGAUAUCUCUAUUGUCCUUACAAGAUACAAUUGCAGAUUCAAAUGGUCGUAUUCCUAUACGAUCGUAUUACAAUGAUGAUUCUAUUUUAAAUUCAUUCUAUCUUAAUAUACUUAAUGUUGAAUUACAUCCAACAAUCGAUGAUUAUUUACCAUUAUUAUCGACUGAUCAAGAUAUUAAUAAGAUUUGGCAAAUUAUUGAAAUAAUCACAAAAUUAGCAAUAGAACAAAACAAACAAAAUGAAGUUCGAGACUUUACCAUUGAUACUUCUUUUCAAGAACAAUUUCGUUCGCUUUUUUCAAUUGAUACUCUUAGUAAAAUUAUUCAAACUAAAGUUGAUGUUGAAAAUGAACAAUCAUCAACAAAUCUAACUGAUUUCUACAGUUGUUCUAUUGAUCUUAUUCAAUAUUUUCUUUUAAGCAAAGAAUCUAUAUCUACUACUCGAUCCAUUUAUUUAUCAUCUGUAUUUGCUCAUAUGCAUUUUGUUUGUGUUGAUCGUAUACAUUUAUCAUAUUGCCAUGGGUCUAAUAUUGUUAAAUCACCAUCAACAUCGUACAGUAGAGAUACUUAUAUUGAUGAACAAUCAAACAAAUUUUAUAUUCUAAAGAAAUAUGAAACUUCUGAAAUGCGUUAUAUCGAUGCUAUGGUUGAUUUUAUUGUUGAAGACGAUGCGACUAGAUCAAAACUUUCAUUAUAUAUCAAAACACUUUUGCAAAAAUAUCAGAGAGAUGGUGAAGAUGGUUUAGUUAAAUUACGAGAAAAUUCGGAGAAUAAUUUCGAACCUAAAUGGACUAUUCCAAAGGAAAUUAAAACCCAUGUUCCGUUGUCACCAUCAAUACAACACGAGAAGCCUGAGGUUACAUAUGAAGAAAUUGAACGAUUGAUGGAGAAGCCUUCUACUCGACCAAAACUUGCGCCAAAAAAAGUAACAAACGAAGAAGAUGCUAAUCGACUAACCAGUUUUCCAGCAAGAGCCGGCAUUAUCGAAUCAAAUGAAACCUCGGAGAAAAGACUUUCAAAAGUACAAACGCAACCAAAACCAAAUGACUCAACUGAAGGAGAAAAUAUUUUAUUAAAAUCACAUUCAAAUGAUCAAAAUCAUCGAGUACCACAACAGCAUGAUCGAAAGAAUAAUGAACAUGUAGUACCAAAAGACACAAUUACCCAACAUACUGAUGUAAAUUUGAACAAAAACGAAUCAAAUGAAGAUGAGAUAAGAUCAUCCAAAGGUCAAUAUGUUCAACCGAAUGCUCCUAUGACUUUUUCGGAUUCUACUUCGUUACCAUCGGCUAACUUCGAACGUAUCUUUGUUUCGACUCUGACAAAUAUAGAACUAAACACGUCUUCUUCAACUGAUGAAUCAUCUCCGAUGAACUCAUUGCCUCCUAUUGGCACUGAAGUCGAUCUUGUUACAGGUCGGCAAGGUGAAGAAUUCGUUUUUUGUUAUCUUAAAUGGAAAUAUCCUAAUGAAGAUAUUAAAUGGAUCAAUCAAGCAGGAGAAUCAGGUGGACCUUAUGAUAUUCGUAUGACUAUUAAGUCAGAAAAUAAUCGAGAAGAAUUUAUUGAAGUUAAAACAACUCGAUCCUGUGAUCAAAAUACAUUUUCAAUAUCUAUUGGUGAAGUUGAAUAUCUUCUUGAACAUCCAUCCAAUUAUUAUAUUUAUCGAGUCUAUUAUGCAGACAAAAUUGACUCAUCAACAAUUACAGUAAUAAACAAAAUCAAGAGAAAUUUGCUACAAAAAAAUCUUAAACUUUCUAUGACUAUUGAAUCAAAAACUCAAUAA